AUUCACACGGAUUCUCUUCUUUCGGUUUACACCGAGCCUUCAGCAAGGCUUAAGCUCGGUGGUUGUACAACCGAUCGCCAUUUUGCUUACUUUUACCUGCGGUGGCUCACACAUCGCUCAGCGGCUGUGUAGGUAUUUCACAGCAUUUCGCAAUUAAAGAGGGUAGCUACAGAGAAAAACUAUUUCGUUGUUCAUAUCUGAUUCUUUAAAAGAUUCCAGUGGAGCUCAGUUCACUGUUGGUUGGUAACGAAGGAUUUCCGUGAUGGCGUCUGCUGCCAAACGAGUGAGGCUAUCAGAAUCGACAAAAUGGCGAAAUGAAGGUAACGCUGUAUACAAGUCUAUAGAAGGACUGGCACCACUUCUUCAGAUCGAAGGUCUUCAGAAGGCAGUCAACCUGUACAGCAGAGCCCUUGAUCUUGCAGAGGAUGCCGCCGACAGAUCCUCAGCAUGCAAGAACAUCGCCAUGGCGUCCUGGAAGUUGGCAAAAGCCAAGAUGGCGCUUCCGGAUGUGGAAGAUAAGAUUGUGUUCUCUCACUUCAAGCAGGCUCUGAAACAUUUCAAGGAGGCUGAAAAGUCGGGAAGGUCGCGUGAACUUCAAUGGCGAGAGUCCUUGACAACUAGCGCCCUCGAGUGCUGGAGCGACAUCAAGCAACGUCUGGACAAAUGGGAGAAUGAGGAGCGCAAAGUCUGGGAGUUACAGCCCCUACUAGGACUUCUUUUUCAUGAUGCCACUCUGGCUAAAGAACACUUCUCCAUCGCUCAGACUUACUUUUUUUGGUCCUCGGCUGCACUGACAAAACGCGACUUUAGAAAAGCUUUGAGUCUUCUGGGAGACUGCAACUUCCCUCUGAACGAAGCCAUGAGGCUGGGGAAGGAAGACCAGGAUCUCAUGAAAGAGUGCCGUGUGCUGGAGGAAGAGAUCUUUGACCAGAAAUGCGUGGCCGAGUCCAUUCAGGCUCGCACGAAUGGGGACGAAAUUCUGAAGAUGAUCACGACAGAGACAGAAGACCUGAACAUCAACAUGGUGUGGGAGGUGAUCGACUGGUAUCAAAACGCCGCUCUGGUGAUACAGGGGCGGAACCUUGAAAUGGAGGCCAUGGCCCUGAGCAGCCUGGGUCGCGUAUAUGCCAAGGUACUGAAGCUCAAGUACUACGCCAAACUCUAUCUCAUGAAAGCCAUUGAAUUAGUCAACAUCAUGGAACCCAGAAUACGUCCUAACGAGGAAUGGUAUCUAUCUACACAAAAUAUAUUGAAACAGUACCAGCAGGAACAAGUCCAGGCGAACGAGCUAAAGAACCAGAAAGAGCGAGAGUCAAUCGUGAAGGAAAUCCAAGACGACGUGGACAAACUUAGCGACAAAUUCCGCAGUUGCUCCAAAAUUGGUUUUUUGAAGUAUGUGUAUGAGACACAUCCCCCUAAAAACCCCAAACACAAGUUGGAGGAAAACACCGCCUUUGAAGACGAACUGGUGUUGAAGAAGCUGUACCUGAAGGCCGUGACCCACUAUCACCCUGACCAAGCUGCUAAUAAACAGCAUGGAGCAAAGUGGAAAGUUCUGUGUGAAGAGAUCACAAAACUACUUAGUCACCAAUAUGAAUGCUACAAAGGUUUACUAAGUUAAGGUUUCAGAUCAGGAAAAAGUAGAUUACCUAAGUCUACUUUUAAAAUUCUAGAUGUGUCGAAAGGUGUACUUUAAGAAGCUGGUGGUAGAUGGUAGUCUUCAGUCAACUUUCAUUGGUCUUUCUUGAAACCUAGCCUCUACUACACAGGCUGUAGUUCAAUGUCACCCCGUACCUCCAGUUUUUAAAUUUAUUAUUUAAUUUGCUCGUUGUCUUUACUGCUACUUCUUAAAAUAUAGUUACAAUUAUAAUAAUAAUUAUGCCCUGUAUCUAGGAGAAACUAGACCAACCACACUUUACAAAAACGACAAAAAUAAAAUUCGGUCAAGUAACAAGAAGAGUUGUGAUGAAGAUUAUGCGGAAAUCCAGUUUUGAAGCAGCAUAGGCAAUAGCAUUACAGUUUAUUUACAACCUUUUUUAUCUUGCAAACACAAGAAGUUUAUUUGAUCAGUGUUGAUAGUGGUGGUUGUGGUGGUGGUUGUGGUGGUGGGGGAAGAAUAGUAUCUUCUGAUGAACGCAGCUUUACAAAAUAUUACUAAUUAGUAACUAGCAAUUUAGCUAUUCCAAUUUCUUUUUUUCCUCCGCUUUUUUUCUUUAUUUACUCUUCCUCUGUCUAACUGUAUGCUUCUAUCCAACAUCGUUGAAAUCUAGGGUCAUCUUUGAACAUCCAUAAAUAAUUACGUGACCUACAUACACUUCCUGUUACUUACUCAGUUAUUUUGCAGUUGCUUCUCGUUUUUUGCCGGACGUUGUUAUAGUCUUGUAGGAAGGCACACCGAAAUCUCACGAGAGAGUGUCACACGCUGGAGGCAGAGAUCUUUGACUAGAGAUGUGUGGCAGAGUGCAUCCA